GGCUAGAGCAUAUGCUUAUAAUUCAGUUAUUAAAUUACCUUGUAUUGUAAGGGUAAUCUUAGUUUUAAACUGAAAGUAGAUUGUUAUCUAUUGUAAUUUUCAACUCAAAAUAUAAACGUGUAAUAUGUUUUGUGACUAUGUAAUAUCGGAGAAUAAGUAAAGUUCAGUAAAUGUGAAACAAACCAUAUUAUAUAUAUACUAUAAAUGUAACGAACGGUUAACUUGGGGUUGAACUUGAAGGCUCGAGAUUGAGCUGAAGCCUCAACGCAAUGUUUUAGGCGCGAUCAUACUUGAAGUUGUUGCUGAAGGAAGUGUGAAGACUAAAAUAUAAAUAUUUUUGGUGAGAUUAUAUGCAAAAACAUUUUAUUCUGGUGCUGAAAUUAUCAACCUGGCAUCUGGCAGAGAGAAGAUGCACUACAGAUACCCUGUGUCGUAAAGCUGGUAAUCUUACUUACAAGUAACUCAGCCCAUAUUUUUAUAAGUAUUGUAUGAGCAGCAGUUAAUGUUGUAGUCAAAGCCUACACCAAUUGCUGAAAGUUAGAAAUAUUUAGUAAAAAAUGCAUUAAAGUUCUCUGAAGGAAUAUUUGUUGCGAUUUCAAUAGCCCAGGUAAAUUACAUGUGGAGUUUGUUUAGCAUCUACUAUACUGUUUUGCCUUUUAAUGGUAUUAUUGAAUCUAAUAUAAAAAAUGUAAGGUCUGUAAAAUAAUUAAAAAAUAUUAUUGAAAUGUUCAAGAUGUAACAGCUUAGUCCUCUGGCUGAGCCAGAAAGUAGAUUAGUUACUUGGAAGGUUUUGACACUGGAGUUAAAACUAAGGCACAAUGGAAGAGUUUGAAAUGGGAGAAAAUGGUUCUGAUAAUGAUGAUGAAAAGUAUAAAACUCCCCUUGAAUUAGUUGAAGUACAAUACAAUGAUCAGGAAGACUUUGACAAAUUUUUACCAGUGCUAGAUGAUAAUGAUUCAACGUAUUCUUUUCACUUCACAAGAGGAUACUCUGACUAUAAAAGAAAGUACAGAAAAACUUCUCGAAUCAACAAAAAGGGUCCAUACACUUGCGAGGAAUGUGGGAAGGUUAUUCGCUUUAGACAAAAAUUUGACCAGCACAUGUUGCGAGACCAUGGAAUUGCUAGGCCUUACUCGUGUCCAACCUGUGGUCAGCAGUUUAAAGAACACAGAUCAAUGGAAAAACACACAGCACUUCAUGAAAUGGAACUGACUGCACAUGAAAACUUUGAAGUUGUUCACCAUACUCUCGGUACCAAAGCCGAUAAGAGUGGUGGGUCAUGGUCUUCUUGCAUAGGUUCUUUAAGUCACUGCAAGAUGUGUGCAAAACCUGUUGUUCUUAUGGAGGGGGGAAACCCUUUUAGGGAAUUAUGUCAAGUGUGCAAACAGAAAAUUCUCCAAUCUCAGUUGUACCAAAGUAAAAAGUUUCAGUCAAGUGAGGUGGACUUCUACAAGUGUGAAACAUGUAGUUUAGAAUUUAAAGACAAAGACAGCUGGAAUACACAUUGUCUAGAACAUACCAGUACUGAGAAAUUUAUAAAAGUAUGUGAAAUCUGCUCAAAAACUUUUGUAAGCAGUCGUUUGAAGGCGAGGCACAUCAGAUCGGAGCACAUAAAUCCUGAACGUAAGAAUUGCCAAGCUUGUGAUGCAGGGUGUGUAUGCAAGAAGGUUGCAGCUAAUAAAACUAAAGAAAUCCAUGGAAAGUCAAAAAUUCAGGCAGCGCCAAGGAAGAUGCCUUAUAUUUUUGAGUUAAAGACCAUGUCUGAACAGAAGCCUCAGACGAAACACUUGCCCAGCCCGCAUCCGAAGAUUUUUCAUUGUAUGUAUUGCAAAUUUCGUCACGAUGACAGAGAGAAGUUAAACCAACACAUUAAUGAGAAACACAUCUCUAACAGAAUUAUUCAUUGUGAUGAGUGUUCCCAUACAUUUUUUCGAGAAUCAAGCUUAAAAAACCACAAGAGAUUUCACAGUGGAGAGUGUUCGUACCUUUGUCCAAUUUGUGGCUUGUCCUUCAUAACACAGGGAAAUGUAUUCAGCCACUUACGCAUCCAUCCCAACAGUGCUAAAAGUUUAGUGGAAUUGUGAAAGAGAUGUGUUCGUAUGCAUCUUACAUGAUUGUAAAUUUUCUUUGGUUGUUAUGUAAUACUUUCAGGAAGGAUGUGUUAUUAUAGCUUUAAGAGUUUCUUUUGCUUUGGAGAACAAGAUACAGGAAAAUCUAAGUCAACUUAAUGAUUUAUAUAGAAUAAUAGGAAGAUGUUAAUACAUGUAGGGAUCAAUUUUUAAACCUCAAAAAUCAUUUAUGACCAUUGUAAAGUUAUGUUGUAAAAUGGACUUUUAUUUUUUUUUCACCUUAAGCCCAAAGGUUUUUAUUUACUUCAAUUAUUCAUGAGUUGUUCUUUCUGUGUAAUUUUUCUAAAAUUGAUUUAUGGAUGUAAUAUUUAAUAUUAUUCCCUUAAUAUUAAAUGUGAAUGACAAAAACUUACUAGAUAUCAGUUUCUAAGCUUAUUUUUUAAGUUCUAUAGUGUAAUUUCAAAUUUGUUUUUACAUUCAUCAUCACAACAUUGUCCUAAUUAUAAGAUACUUCAUUUUUAUCUUCAGA